AUGCGUGCAUAUUGUUUCAAGUCCUCAAUUUACAGUGGAAAAUAUAGACCACAAAUAUACGGUCAGCGGGCAUUCUUUUUCAUCUUGCGACUUGGCUUGGUGGAAAAACAAAAGAAGUAUUUCCCAGACAUAUACGUUCCCGAACAUUGGAACAAUGUGAUACUAGCAGCAAGAAAAAAGAAACCUUUUAAAACUGUAGAAAUGAAACGAGACGACUUUAUAUCUACCAAAGCCUUAGAAACUAAUAUCACAAACAGGAAGAUCGACGUUGAUCGAAGUAAAGUUGAAUUGCUUAAAAUACAGUGGAUUUUGUACAAUUAA